AUGGCACAUACUGCCAUGAUGCGCUCGCCAUCCUACUGCAGCUCCGCGCCGUGCAAUAUUAUGAAUCUGUGUUUCAAAGUGGCCCCAAUAACGGAGAAACUUACCGAAAGCCUUCUCAGAUGGUAUGGCCAUGUAAUGCGUAGUGACGAGGAUUAUGUGGUCAAAAAAGCCUUAAAACUACCCGAAUGCAAAAGAGGCAGAGGACGUCCUCCAGCCACCUGGUGGACCAGUAUGAACAAGCUUGUCGCCGCGGAAAAAUUGCCCGACCCGACAACCCAGGCCAGAUUGUCCUGGCGCCGAAAAAUUAGGAGAGCCGACCCCGCAUAA